CUCUCUUCGUUCGCACCUUUUCAAGCAAGUAAACUCCCAUAAUAGAGCUAAUCCCAGUGCAGAGACUGCUUUAGCCUCCCCCUCUAACGAGCAAGUAAGUAAACAAGUAGCUCAACCUUCGGUCAAGCCAGUAGCUAACGAUUCUGGGCAUGAAUGUGGAGCAGAUUCUCACCGAUUCGGAUUCAAUUGCUUGAUUCACUGGGCCUUCGACACUGGAUUUGCACAAAGAGAAAGACCUGCGCUUGACAAGAUCUCCUUCGCCGCUGCUCAAACCCCAGGCGGCUUAGGGCCUUCCAGAACCGGGGGACUUCUUACAACGGAAUUAUGCCAAGACCGACUCAGAAGCGCUUUCCUUAGGAAUCCUGUCGGAGCAGGUGAAAAAGUAGUAGCAGUAGCACGCGCUUCCCUAGUAGCAGGAAAGGAGGAUAGAAUUAGUGCGCUACCUUCUCCCCAAGGUAGCUUUCUUACUUAG